UUAAAUUUACUAAUAAUUUAAUCAGUUUUACUCGUAUGUAAUUUGUGAGGCUUAGGCACCCCAUGGAAUCAUCACAGCCGUCGACUCUGGAGUCAAUAUAUAUUAAAAAGGAAUAAGGGGAAGGGAUAAGAGAAGCUUUUCCGAGAAGUUUUCAGGCGAUACCAAAAUAAGGAAGGUGGGGGAAGAACCCGCUGAAGUUCGAGGAUCGAGAGUUUGAAGGUUACUGCCAAAAUCUUAACUCUUAGCAUUUUGGAACAUUUUCCGCUAAAACGGAGGUCAGUCAACGACGCCGGAAAAUAAAAAGGAGAUUUUGGAGAUGAUCGGCAGUAUAAGAAAAGAAAGGAAGGCGCGAGUUCAGUUGGUGAAAAAGAAGAAAGGAUCGUUGAACUUGGUCCACGCCUUCAAAUCCUCCUGAGAAUCAUGGGCAAUUGCUGCUCAAUACAAAUUGGUGUCGAGAAUUUCCUCCUUCGUGGCUGGGUUUUCAUUGUUGGUCAUGCCAAUUACGUGUGCAAGCUUAAACAAACUCUUCCAACUUUAUCUGCUGCUCUUCAAGAACUGCGGGCACAAAGGAACGACGUGCAACGGGAGGUUGAUGUGGCUGAACAACGACUAUUGAAGCCAUUUGAGCAAGUUCAACUAUGGCUUUCAAAAGCGGAAACUAUGAUAACAAAGGCGGAAAAGCUGAUUGAAGAUGGCCCUCAACAAAUGAACAACUUGUGUCUUGGCACCUGUGCUUCCAAGAAUUUCCUAUCUAGCUACAAGUUUGGGAAAAAUGUAACCAAAAUGCUUCAAGAAAUAAAUGAUCACGUGAGUAAAGGAGCUUUCAAGAAGGUAGCAGAGAGUCGGCCCUCAGCUUCAGUGGUGGUAAGACCCGAAGAACGGCCAAUUGGUCUAGAAUCCACAAUCGAAAAGGUAUGGAGCUGCAUUGUGGACAAAGAUGUGGGGAUUAUUGGCCUCUAUGGCUUAGGGGGUGUUGGCAAGACAACACUCUUGACCCAAAUCAACAACAAGUUCAGCACCACGCCAGACAAGUUUGAUGUUGUAAUUUGGGCCCCUGUGUCUAAAGAUUACAAUGUCGCAAAGAUUCAAGAUAAGAUUGGUGGAAAUAUUGGUUUUUCUGAUGCAUUCUGGAAAAGUAAAAGUGUUGACGAGAAAGCUGUAGAUAUCUAUGGGGUCCUGCGAAACAAGAGAUUUGUUGUAUUAUUGGAUAAUUUAUGGGAGAGGGUGGAUUUGAACAAAGUUGGGAUACCAAAGCCAAGCCAAGAAAAUGGUUCCAAACUUAUUUUCACUGCUCGAUCUUUGGAGGUAUGUGGUGAAAUGGAAGCUAGAAAAAGAAUCAAAGUGGAGUGCCUAGAACCUGAAAUGGCUUGGGAAUUAUUCCAAGUCAAGGUCGGAGAUGAAACACUUAACAGCCAUCCAAAUAUUUGGAAACUAGCUGAACAAGUAGCAGAAAGGUGUGGUGGGCUGCCUCUUGCAUUAAUUACAAUUGGUCGUGCCAUGGCGUGUAAGACAACACCUAUGGAAUGGAAAUAUGCAUUUGAGAUGUUGAAACGAUCAACAUUACCAAAAAUGAAAAAUGAGGUAUUUCCACUUUUGAAAUUCAGCUAUGAUGAUUUGCCUAAUGCCACAAUGAAAUGUUGCCUCCUAUAUUGUUGUCUCUAUCGUGAUGAUUAUCGUAUUCCCAGAAAGGGAUUAGUGGAGCAUUGGUUUUGUGAAGGGUUGUUGAAUGAAUUUGAUAGAUUUAGUGAAGCUCAAAUACAAGGUGACCACAUUAUCAACUCUCUUCUUAAUGCAUGCCUAUUGGAAAGAGUUGGAGAAGAUUAUGUGAAGAUGCAUGAUGUGAUCCGUGACAUGGCUUUAUGGAUAGCAUGCGAGCUUGAAGUAAAAGAGAAUAAUUUUUUUGUAAAAGCAGGGGCUCAAUUACUUGAAGAACCAGAUGCUAUGACAUGGGAAUGUGCAAAAAGAAUGUCAAUAAUGAGCAAUCAUAUUAAAGUUCUCAGAGAAACACUUAAAUGCCAUAACCUUCGAACUUUGUUUCUUGGAGAAAAUAAUCUACAAGUGAUCAGCGAUGGCUUCUUCCACUUUAUACCUCGUCUAACUGUUCUAAACUUAUCAAGAAACUAUGGUUUAGAAGAAUUGCCUAAGGGAAUUUCACAAUUGAUUUCACUAGAAUGUCUUGAUCUAUCCUCAACUGGCAUAAGAGAGUUGCCAAUAGAGUUGAAAUCCUUGACAAAACUGAAAAUGUUGGACUUGAGUAACAUGCUAUUUGUCAGGAAGAUGAAAAUCCCACGACAACUGAUAUCUAGUUUUUCCAAGUUGCAAAUAUUCAAAUUGCGGCCGCUGAUAAAUAGAGAUUAUCCGGAUGAAGAGGAAGACAAUGUUCUAAAUGGGGUUAAUGAAAAUCUUAUAAAGGAAUUGAAGUGUUUGCAACAUUUGAACAUACUAAGUAUACCACCAAUUAAAAGCGUGUUUGCUUUAGAAAGAUUUCUAAGCUUCAACUUGUUUCGAUGCUGCAUCGAAACACUAGAGUUGGAUGAGUUUAGAGAUCAAAGGUGUUUAAUGUUUUAUGCUUAGAAAACAUGGAGCGUCUAGAGAAAUUAUGUUUUAAGGAUUGUGCAAGUAUGGAGGAGAGCUCAGUUUCUUCGAGUAUUAAUUAUACUUCACAGUUUCACACAUUGAGCCGUGUUAUAAUUGAUGGUUGUGGCAAAUUGACAGACACCACUUGGCUGAUUUUCGUUCCAAAUCUAAGGUUUCUUUCUAUAAGUUGGUGUUUUAAAAUGGAAGAAAUAUUGAGUGAGGGAAAACUUGGUGAAGUUUCAGAUAAGGUUGGAAUUCCAUAUCCUAAACCGUUUCUGAAGCUUGAAAUGCUUAAGUUAUGUGUUCUACCAGAAUUGAAGAGCAUAUACUGGGAUGCCCUACCCUUCCCAUUUCUGAAACAUUUUUGCGUAUGGGGUGAUUGCUCAAAACUGAAAAAACUUCCUCUCAAUUCUGACAGUGCAAAAGGGAAUCAUAUCACUAUCGAAUGAAGAAAAGAUUGGUGGGAAGAUGUAGAAUGGGUGAACGAAGCCACUCGAGACAUUUUUUUACCCUCUUUAAGAUUUCCUUCUUACUGAAAUGCACAAAAUCCUAAAGACUGCAGAGUGUUUGAUGCUUGCGUCCUUAGACAUUGUGAGUUGCUAUCCUUUUCUAUCAUUUUUUUUUCAAUUGGUUGCUUCUAUUUAUGUUGAUCUGUCAUUGCAUUUGUCCUAAAUUAUAUCAAAUCUACUAGGCUUCGAAGUAAUAGGUUUGUAAUUUAUUUAAACCUCUCUUUCGAGUCAACACCAAUUGAAGUCGAUGUUCCUCGAGUUAAGUAUAGCCAUGGCUAUCCUAUGGAACACAGUAUAAUUACAAUCUUUGCUAAGCUACUAUUUACAUAUAUUACUCAGAAGGGGGAAAGAAUAUUAUAACAUACCCGUAUAAUUCUCCUACAUUUCGGAAGUAGAAGUUUCGAAACAGGAAUUUCAUUAUCUCAAGAUAUCUAUACAUCGAAACAAAAAUAAGAAGACAUGCUUCCGAGACUUAACAGUUCAUUUUGAUGUUUUGAGUUAAGAUUCGUAUCCUAACUCCAUGUUUUACCUCAUAUAACCUCGGGACAAUAUAAGUGAGUCAACCUGACUUAUUAUACUUAGUAAUAUAGAUUCACAACAUGAAAUUUUUAUGUUCAUGUAACGUAUACUAGUUGAAACUUGAUGAAUGUAUGAAAUUAAUUUGAGUUACUCUAGCAACGUAAUGUGAAAUGAAGUAUUUGAAUUCAAUAUUCGAGUUGGAUGUCACAUGCUGACUCCAACAUGGUUAAAAUGAACUACUACAAUUGGCUCAAAAUGAAUCAACAGCCGGGCCAUAAGGAACUUUCUUCUAAAUGAAACCGUCAAAUCUCAAAAGAAAACUGUUAAUGGAGUUACUUUUCUAGGCAUACAAAUUAAGAAAUUCUUUGCAGUGUUCAAAUACAGAAUAAACAAACUUCUUCUAUACCUUUAUACAAAAAAAAAAAUUCUUCUACACUCUCGCCUAGAUACCAUCCUCUCAAAACCCACACACAAUUCAAACAAAAUAUAUUGAGAAAAUCCCUCAAAAGCACUUGUCAAUCUAUCACAUCGAGCAUCCCAUCCAAUAAACUUAUAGUUGGUCCUUCCAAAUCAAGCCCAACAACACCUUAAACUAACAUUUAUCACCUUAUAGUGAUGCUAGACUCGGGGGAUAGAAGCUUUUCUUCCCCCAUAAAUACCUUGAAAGAAAGGGAAAGGCAGACAAAAAUACUUGGACCUUAUUCUGCCCCAAUUUCCAUUUGGUGUGAACCAAACCAACCAACUACUCUCACUCUGUGUUGUAGCAAACUUAAAACCUUUUUAAAAAGUAAAUAUAUUUGUAUUCAAAUGUGUGUGUAAUAUAUAUAUAUAUGUAUUGCUAAGCUAAAAGUUAAACAACCCCAUUAUAAAUGUGACAAUUUGACAAAAGAAUGAUUAAUUUCUGUUAAGCAUUGGCCUGCAAUGCAACAUAUGGCUAGCAAGUCAGCAAGCAGACCAGCAGUGCAGCAGAACCGAAUGCAGCAACUAGCUUAGGACCAUUUUGUUCUUUUUGUUUCAAUGUAACCAACUUCAGUUUGUUUAUAACUUGUUGUCAAAGUUAGUAGGAUUUGUUUUUGAUUUGAAGUUGAUGUAGUAGCUGAUAUGUCAGCUUACUUGUGUUUGAAAUUCAAAUUUGUAUUAGUAGAUUAGUGGGAGUAUUUAGCUCAUUAGGUAAUAGUCAUUUUGACUUGUAAACUUUGUAUUUAGUCCUCAUUAUCAAUGAAUGAAGUGUGUUGCUGAUUUUAUCCAA